UGAAUGUGUAUUGGCAUAUUUACACAAAAGUGUAAUUUAAGAUUAAGGUACUCAAUGCCUGACCUUAGCACACUAUCAGUCAAAGGAAAAGAGCACAUUUCAACGAAAUCCAUUAUACUAGUUAAGUAUUUAACCAUCAGACCAGGCAGACAGACAAAACUAAUGGCUUUUGUGCACCUUAUCAGCAUGUGUUAUAGAAACACAGUCGCAUUAAAUGUUCAUUAUUAGCUCUGCUUCCUCUUGUAUGUGUGUAUGUGUGGGUGAGUAGGUGUAAGUGAGCGUGGGCGGAUAAAUGUAAAAUAGUUCAGUUGAUUGAUUUAUAGCAUUCCGCAUGAGACCUGAAUGAAAGCAAAUGCACACACUUAUCGCCGUGUCUGUGCGCCAUUGAAUAAUUGUUUUCCAUGGUACGUUACGUUUCUGAUGUUUAAGUUAUUCAACGCAUUUUGCCUGCAUUCACAUUUCGUUUAGCACUCCGUAAAAGGCGCAAAUUUAAAGUGCUCGGAUAUUUUAGCUUGACGCACACAAGUAUUCAACGAAAAUGUCAGUUACACAAGCAGUUGUAAUUUAGCAAGCAAAGAAUUUUACAAGCAGCCCAACACGCACACGCACAGAUAUUGCUGAAUGCAACCGCACAUAUCUAAAUUGCAACAGCUACAACUACAAAUUCAACAAGAAUAAAGAGAAUAGCAAAUUUUGAAUAACAAGAGCUAAAACCACAAUCUUCCGUUUACCGUUUACGAUAAUGGCCAAUACAGCGCAACUGUUGCGCCGCCAAAGCUCACGCGAUAUUGUGCUUAAGACCCAAAAGAGCCUCGAUCAGUUGGAAUUGCGGGAGCUGCGUGGCCGUCUGGUGCCCAAGGAGCAUGGCGUCAGCCAUCAUCAUCACACAUCGCUGCAUCUACAUCAUCAGCCCAUGUAUGGUGCAACAAAUCAGGGCUUCAUGUCCGAUGCCUUUGACGAGUCAUCGGAACUGGAACAGGAGCUGCCCUUUGGCUCCGAUGCCAGCACCAGCAAAACCAAGGCCGAGUUGGCCGCCUUUGUUGAUCAGCAGCAAGAGGACAUCGUUGAGGGCGAAAAAGAGGGGGACGAGCGCGAAAGUUGGGAUAGCAAGGUCAUGUUCCUGCUGGCCACAAUAGGCUAUGCAGUUGGAUUGGGCAACGUGUGGCGCUUUCCAUAUUUGGCGCAAAAAAAUGGCGGUGGCGCCUUCCUGGUGCCCUACUUCAUAAUGCUGUGCAUUCAGGGCAUACCGAUCUUCUAUCUGGAGCUGGCGAUUGGGCAACGACUGCGCAAGGGCGCAAUUGGCGUAUGGAGUCAGGUGUCGCCAUAUCUCGGGGGCAUUGGCAUAUCCUCAGCGGUGGUCAGUUUCAUUGUGGCGCUGUACUACAAUACGAUAAUUGCCUGGUGCCUGAUCUAUCUGCUGCACAGCUUUGAGUCGCCAUUGCCGUGGGCCAACUGUCCGACGCGCCUCUACAAGAACUAUACCUACGAUCACGAGCCGGAGUGUGUGGCUUCGUCGCCAACACAGUUCUACUGGUAUCGCACCACGCUGCACUGUUCAGAGAGCGUUGACAUGCCGGACAGCUUCAACUAUCACAUGGCAAUUGCACUGAUUGUGUCCUGGUUUCUGGUCUAUAUAUGCAUGGUGCAAGGAAUUACAUCGUCCGGCAAGAUCGUCUACAUGACCGCCAUCUUUCCCUAUGUGGUGCUCAUCAUCUUCUUCUUUCGGGGCAUCACACUGAAGGGUGCCGCCGAUGGUGUGGCGCAUUUGUUUACGCCGCGCUGGGAAACACUGCUCGAUCCGGUCGUGUGGCUGGAGGCCGGCACACAGAUCUUCUUUUCGCUGGGCCUCGCAUUUGGCGGCCUGAUCGCCUUCAGCUCAUACAAUCCGGCCAACAACAAUUGUUAUAGGGAUGCGAUACUCGUCUCGCUGACCAAUUGCGGCACCUCCAUGUUUGCCGGCGUCGUCGUCUUUUCGGUGAUCGGCUUCAAGGCAACGGCGAUCUUCGAUCGUUGCACGGAGGAGCGUGCCGGAUUAGUCGCUCUAAAUCGGACAUACAAUCUGCCCAUAUGCGACUUAGAGCAGGAGCUGGCUAAUAGUGCAUCCGGCACCGGAUUGGCGUUCAUCAUCUUUACGGAGGCGAUCAAUCAGUUUCCCGGCGCCCAACUCUGGGCAGUGCUCUUCUUUCUCAUGCUCUUCACGCUGGGCAUCGAUUCGCAGUUUGGAACGCUGGAGGGCGUCGUCACAUCACUGGUGGACAUGAAGCUCUUCCCCAAUAUGCCCAAGGAGUAUAUCGUUGGCGCAUUGUGCCUCUCUUGCUGCAUGAUUUCCAUGUGCUUUGCAAAUGGUGCCGGCAGCUAUAUCUUCCAGCUAAUGGACAGCUUUGCUGGCAACUUUCCGCUGCUGAUCAUCGCACUCUUCGAGUGUUUGUCGAUCAGCUACAUCUAUGGCGUUAGGCGUUUCUCGGAUGACAUUGAGAUGAUGACCGGGUCGAGGCCGGGCUUCUAUUGGAUGUUCUGCUGGAAGUACUUGUCUCCUUGUGCCAUGAUCACCAUUCUGCUGGCCUCUUUCUAUCAACUGGUAACCGAGGGCAGCAGCUAUCCUGCUUGGAUUGCUGCCAAGGGUGCCACGGAUAACAUGGAGUGGCCACAUUGGUGUAUUGUCAUUGCCUUCGCGCUCAUACUCUCAUCCAUUCUGUGGAUACCUAUGGUGGCAAUAUUACGUCUGUGCGGCAUCAAGGUGGUGGAGGAUUCGGAUCCCGCUUGGUUCCCCGAGGCCGAGCUGAGGGAGGUGCAUGGCAUUGUACCCCACGAGCCCACUGAGUUGGAGCGCAGUGUUUUCUGCUUCAACAUGGACGGCACGGAGGGUAUGUGCUGUCCCAAAUACGGACUUCCCGAGAAAUCUCUCGAGGAAGACGAGGAGUAGGUGUAGACGCUGCAUGACGCAGCAACGAUGACAAUAAUAUAAUAUAUAUAUAUAUA